GGCCCAGAAGCAGAGGACGCUAAUGGCGGCCCACAGUGCCACAGCAGUAAACACAUCCCCGGUGUGUGCUUGUAAAGGCAUUAGAAGCUGCCUCCUGUGUGAAAAAGGACAGACCGAGGUUAAAGAAGCGCGGGCUGUACACCAUUUUGUGUAUGAUGUGAAGGAGAAGUGUGCAGUGUGCAAAGAUGGAGAGGCCAGCGGGUUUGCACUUCCUGGAGUGUUCUUGUGGGAGGACUUCCUAUCAGCAGAAGAGGAGGCAGAGCUUGUCUCACACAUGGACCAGAGCACAUGGACCCUGUCUCAGUCUGGACGCAGAAAGCAGGACUUUGGGCCCAAGGAAUUUAAGAAGAAGAAGGUGUGUGUGGGCCACUUCAGUGGACUACCUGCGUCGAGCCGCAGGCUGGUGGAGCGGAUGCACCAGGAGCAGGCUCUAGAGGACUUUUCACCAGUGGAGCAGUGUAACCUGGACUACAGGCCUGAGCGUGGGGCACACAUAGAUCCACAUCUGGAUGACACGUGGCUGUGGGGAGAGCGGCUGGUCACUGUGAACAUGCUGUCAGACACCACUCUCACCCUGUCUUUCCAGCAGGAGGAGGACGAGCUGCGAGUGGCUGUGCUUAUGCCCCGCAGGUCUUUGUUGGUCCUGUCUGGUCCAGUCCGGCACAUCUGGAAACAUGCCAUCCACCGGGCACAUAUCAGCCAGCGCCGUGUGUGCAGCACCUUCAGAGAGCUGUCUGCAGAAUUCCUGCCCGGAGGAGCUCAAGCAGAGCUGGGCUCACAGCUGCUGCACAUCGCCCUCACUUUCACUGGAGUUCCACUUUAACACACAAAGUAAUGAUGGGCUCUACUUUAUCAUGCACCAGACUCUGUUAUGUACUGACAGCAUAGCAUUAAACACUCUUGGAUUUCUUUCAUUAGAAAUAAUACAUUUUGUUUAUGCACCUAUCUCUGCCCAUUCCUCGCCUUUGGUAUUGUUUUAGGUUCUUAAAAACAGUUCCAAUACAACUGCAUACCCGAAUCAUUACAGAAGUGAACUCUGAAUGCAGAGAUGUAUUCUGUCUCACUGUCAGCAGUGAGACAGAAUACACUACUUUAGACUGAUAAGAUCAAAUAGAGCUACAGUAUAUUAACUAUAGUCUUAACCUGCAAAGCAUUCAGAAUGUGUGGUAACACUGUUCUGCCAGACUGUGAAGCUUCUCUAAAACAGCUUUUUAGGGGCCGAAAAUGUAUUAAGGCAAAGAGUUAUAGACUCUCAUAUUGGCACAGCAUGAUAAAAAUGUUUCAUUUCAAAUGUAUGUUGUACAGGUCCCAAGCCAUAGUCAAAAGCAAAAAUGCUUCAGGUCUCUCGUGUUUUUCACACAAACUCACUUUUAUGGUUUUGAAGUCUCUGUCCUGUAAAUUCUAUGUUUAUGGUCGUAAACUGACGUGAGAGCUGUUUCAACAUCACUGCAGUUAACAGUGAGACUGUACUGGAAUCUACAGUUUUUUUUUAUCUGGGCGCAUUAAGAAUGGCAAAGUGAGAGAAUGUGAAGUUGGUGGAAAACAGCUUUUCCAGGACUGAAAAUGCCUUGAAGACAAUAAAAAGUCAAACUCCUAUAA